AUGGGUUGCGACACGGGCGGUGUCAAAGCGGCCGCUUCCAGUCCUGCAGGGGCAGUGACCGGCACGAAUACGACCUCUGUUGACAUGCUGGCAUCCGAAUGGCUUUUAUCCUUGGCUGCCGGUCCUGUGCACCAACACCCGCCCCAAAAAUCACCCCGCACGUCCACGCUUGGCAGUCCUUCAGGUGUCCGUGCUGCUGCUUCCUCCGCCAUUGGUUCAAUGAGUGAUAAGGCAUCGUCCGGAGCACCUGGCCCAGUAUCCUCGCCCACAGCACAGACAAAGUGUUCGCGCUUCCCCCUUUCGCCCUCAGGCGUGCACGGCCCCCUCUCUUCCGCAUCUCCCUCGACCGUGCCGUCCUUGUGCUCCACGUCACCCAUUUCUUCCUCCCCAAGCUUCCCGCAAGCUUCGACGACGAUGGACGUCGGGGUAGAGAACGAGCCGUUAAAGUCCCUCCGUGCCUCGGGAGCCGCGAAUACGGCGAGCCAACCCUCCUCCGAUGGCCAGACAACCCGGGUCCGACGGACGCGAAAGUCGCGCACGUCACCCGAUCGCAUCGCUCUCCCUUCUCCGGGUACCUUGCCGGCAUCUCCUCGGUCCCAUCCAGGCCCCGGCCUUCCCUUGGCUCGACCCUCCCUCCCUUCCGACCCGAUCGACCAGACGGACGCCUAUGGCGCGACGACGACAAGGAAGGAGGCAACGGGAAGGGUGGCACCCGCAGUAGAAAGGAGCCAUGGCGGAUUCUCUCCUGUGCCUGUUCAAGAGAAAGAGCUGCAGUUGCUCCAGAGCUUGCAAGGCCGGCGCCCCGGUUGCGGCGGGGGGGAGGGAGGUCGCGUCACCCCUCUACAAUCUGUGGGACUGGUACGGCCCAUCCAGCCGUUGAAAAGCCAACCUUUCCCUACCAGCCCUCCUGGCACCAAGUCACCGCGGCCAUCCGCCUCCACCCUUGCGUCUGGAGGGUCCAGUCGGUCAUUGAAAAGCGUCAGCUUGGUGGAGCUCCGCCGGUACUUCGACCGACCCAUCGAAGACGCGGCCCGCGCUCUCGGCAUUUGCUCCACGCUCUUGAAAAAAAUCUGCCGGCGGUACCAUAUCAAACGCUGGCCUUACCGGCAGGUGAAAAGCCUGGACAGGACGUUGGAGUGCCUGAAGGUGGCAAUGACCACGGCGCGGGCCUCGGCAGGACAACCGGGCCACGACCCCAAGGAGGAAGCGAGGCUUUGUCAGCAAAUCCGGGUAUUGGAGGCGCGCAAGGUCGAGUUGAUCGAGAGUUCCACGACCCUAGGCUCUGUCCCACUCGCCGUGGAGGGCGAAGACUCGACAGAGGGCAAGGGGCGAAGGACGGAGGGGGGGGCGGAGGAUGGCCGGAGCUUCCAGCUCCCGAGUCCGGCUUUCCUCGCCUGGAGCGAGGGCCCCUCCCCUCCGCACGCGCCUCUCUCUGCCCCCAGCCCCAUUGCCCCAUGGACGCCGGUCGGUGCCACGACCACGGGCGGGCACAAGCGAAAAUGCUCGGACGGCGUGGGGGACGGCGAAGGAAGCCGCCACAGGGACGCUACCCCCGACGAGAGCACCGACGAUACGAAUGACGUCAACAACAAGAGCAGCGGCGACUUCGGCCACGGCCUGGCCAGGGCCCCUUCUACCACCAGCAUGUUACACUUGAUGAGCAUCAACUCCCCUACGUUCGAGAAACCUGCGUCUCCUGCCCUCUCCGUCCCUUCCUCCGUCCCGCCCUCCUUCCCUUCCUCCGUCCCGCCCUCCUUCCCUUCCUCCUUCACCACUGGCCCACCCGGCGGCUACACGGGAGCCUCUGGAGCCAUCUCAGCGCCACUUCAGGACUCGCUCCCUCCGUCGAUGCCAUUCCACGUCUUUCUCCCACAAGCAACGGCAGCCCAGCAGGGUUUCCCGCAUCCGCUGCAGUGA